AUGGCUGAAAGAUCACUACCGGCAGGCUACAUUCUCGCCGAGGGCUUUCCCUCCGUAGAGGACUAUGUCCACUUACGCACAGCGUCUGGCCUUACACCUAAAAAUGCAGAACAAGCCAGCGCGGCGAUUAGAGGCAGCUGGUACGGAGUGUACGCAGCCGAGGAGUCAUCGCCCAGCAAAGCCGUUGCGAUGGGCCGAAUCAUCGGGGACGGGGGUUGGUAUUUCCUGAUUGCGGACAUGGCGACGCUGCCAGAGCAUCAGCGAAAGGGUUUGGCGGACGCUAUUUUGAAGAAACUAGUCGCGAGGGUCAAGAGUCAUGCGGCAAAGGGUUUGGCGUAUGUCACUUUAGGCGCGGACGUGCCAGGUCGGAGGCUGUACGAGAAGAACGGGUUCGAGGAUACUAUGCCUACGACAAUGGGGAUGAGCUUGUGCAUCGCAGACGCUGGACAAUAA